AACCAACGACCUGACGAAACCGGAGUCUUGGCCACCCAACAAACAAACCGCCUUGGAAGCAACACCAACCAAACCCGACCGGGCGAUUGCUCUGUUUUCCGAAAGCUCCAGAAAUUCAACACUCAAAUCUCCUCCAUUCACAUGGAAAUUGGGCAGGCAGGUGCCCCCCAGACACACGCUGAAAUCGGAACACGUUUCUUUCCAAUUCACAAUCAGUCCGUCGCCAAUCGCCACCGUUCAGUGCCUGCGUAGACUCUCGCGGGGAGAUUAUUUAGCAGCAGCGCGGACGUUACCACUUGCCAGCGCGUAGAAGUCCAGCAGUGCAGUUGCCAAAUCUGCACGGCUGUUCUUGCUCUGAAUCAGGGGAGUCUUUUCUUUCUGCAAUCUGUUCUCGAUCUACUGCUAAUCCUAUAUAAAAUCGCGUGACGAAGCUAACCCCGCCGCACUGCACCCACCUUCCCCCAACAAUCUCUCUCCGAGGGAGGAAUCCUACUCGGCAUUAUCCUUUUUGGUUGCUGUUCCUCUCUCUCUCUCUCUCUCUCUCUCUCUCUCUAACUUUCAGGUGGAGCGGACCAGCAAGUCACCCACAUGGGCCGCGCCUUUACAGCGGCGCCGCUCCUGCUCUUGCUCGGCUUCCUGGCUCUGGGACUGGGAGCGGCAACUGCCAAUGUGGGCGACUCCUGCUCCACGAGCGCGGACUGCGGCGCCGGGCAGUGGUGCUUCGACUGCGAGCCCAAGUUCUCCGGCUCCCACUGCGUCCGUUCCGCCGCCACCAACCCCUACCAGCUCAUUAAUAACUCAUUGCCAUUCAACAAGUAUGCCUACCUCACGACGCACAAUUCAUAUGCAAUCGUUGGCGAGCCUUCGCACACUGGAAUUCCACGUGUCACCUUCGACAACCAGGAGGAUACUGUCACUGAUCAGUUAAAUAAUGGUGUCCGGGCGCUGAUGCUUGACACAUAUGACUUCAAAGGAGAUGUAUGGCUGUGCCAUUCAAAUGGAGGGAAAUGCAAUGAUUUCACUGCAUUUGAACCAGCACUGGACACCUUCAAGGAAAUUGAGGCGUUUCUUUCAUCCAAUCCAUCUGAAAUCGUCACAAUAAUCCUGGAAGACUAUGUUAAUGCUCCAAAUGGACUGACAAACGUGUUCAAUGCCUCCGGCCUGCUUAAGUACUGGUUCCCAGUGUCGAAAAUGCCACAGAAUGGUCAGGAUUGGCCUCUUGUCAGUGACAUGGUUGCAAGCAACCAGCGUCUCGUGGUGUUUACCUCCAUCAGGUCAAAGCAGAGUAGUGAAGGAAUCGCUUACCAGUGGAACUUCAUGGUUGAGAAUAAUUAUGGUGAUGAUGGUAUGGAUGCUGGGAAAUGCUCUAACCGUGCUGAAUCUGCCCCUCUCAAUGACAAGACUAAAUCGCUGGUCCUCAUGAACUACUUCCCAUCGGUCCCUGUGAAGUUUACAGCAUGUCUGCAGCAUUCCCAGAGUCUUAUUGACAUGGUGAAUACAUGCUAUGGUGCAGCAGGGAAUCGAUGGGCUAAUUUUAUUGCAGUCGAUUACUACAAGAGAAGUGAUGGAGGGGGUGCAUUCCAGGCAACAGACUUGCUCAAUGGCAGACUGUUGUGCGGGUGCCAGGAUGUCAGGGCAUGCUUGCAAGGUUCUGGCGUAGUAUGUGCGUGAAUCCGUAAGGAAUAGGCAUUUUUAUUGGAUUGGUACAUUCAUAUAGGAUAACAGAUAUGCAACAGUUACUUGGUAUGGUGAUGACAUGGCUUCUUCUGCAUGAUCUUGCUGUUGUACAUACUCAUUGUGUGGUUGAAUGCGCGGGAAUGUGAUGAUUGUAGUCUCAAGGGAAUACAGUGAUAGAAAGUAGAUUGCCUUAAGAGUGAUACAGCAAUACAACAGUGUAAACGAUAGGAAUGUGGAAGAAACAACACCAAUUUCAUGUUUGUAAAUGGAAAGUUUAUUUUCGAAACUUCAAGGUUUAAACUUUAAAGGC